GGAGCCGGAGCGCACGCGGGCGCUCCCUCUGCAGUAGCUGGACUUAGCAGGUCCCAGGGCAGCGGGGAGGAGGGCUCAAGAGGGGUGCCGAGGUGAAAGAUUGGAAGACUUCUGAAAGAUCAACCAGAUUUCGGAAACCAGAAACACUCCUGGGGAGAACAGGGGGCUCUAGACGCGCGCCGAUUUCCUCGCACUAGCACGGAGCGCUCGCAGGGUUGGCUCCAUGGGCAGGAUUCCGAGCUGCGAUUCCCUCCGGCCCCCUGGGAUUUGCUACCUUCUCAGCUUCUUGUUCGCUGGACUGCUCUUACCACGGGCUGUCGCCUUCAAUCUGGAUGUGAUGGGCGCCCUGCGCAAGGAAGGCGAACCUGGCAGCCUCUUCGGCUUCUCCGUAGCCCUGCACCAACAAUUACAGCCCCGACCCCAGAGCUGGCUGCUGGUGGGUGCUCCCCAGGCCCUGGCUCUUCCUGGGCAGCAAGCAAACCGCACUGGAGGCCUCUUUGCUUGUCCCCUGAGCCUAGAGGAGACAGACUGCUACAGAGUGGACAUCGACCAGGGAGCUAAUGUGUACAAGGAAAGCAAGGAGAACCAGUGGCUGGGAGUCAGCGUUCGGAGCCAGGGACCCGGGGGCAAGAUUGUCACCUGUGCGCACCGAUAUGAGUCCCGACAGAGGGUGGACCAGAUCCUGGAGACUCGGGAUGUGAUUGGCCGCUGCUUUGUGUUAAGCCAGGACCUGGCCAUCCGCGAUGAGUUGGAUGGCGGGGAGUGGAAGUUCUGUGAGGGGCGCCCCCAGGGCCACGAACAGUUUGGGUUCUGCCAGCAGGGCACGGCUGCCACCUUCUCCCCCGACAGACACUACCUCGUCUUUGGGGCUCCAGGAACCUAUAACUGGAAGGGCACAGCCAGGGUGGAGCUCUGUGUGCAGGGCUCAUCGGACCCGGCAGACCUGGAUGACGGGCCCUACGAGGCUGGGGGCGAGAAGGAGCAAGACCCCCGCCUCAUUCCGGUCCCUGCCAACAGCUACUUUGGUAGGGACCCCUCCCUGGUCCAGAACCACUCUAACUCUGCUCCUUUCUCUUUUCCUCUCUCUCUCCAUGCUCCCGUCCUUCUGUGUCUGGCUUCUUGGUUUCACUCACUUUCUUCCUGUCCUUCCCUUUUUGCCUUCUGGCCUUCUCUCCGUCUCUCGCUCCCUGCUCUGAGUUCCCUUCUCCUGCUGGCUUUCCCCUGGUGUCUCUCUCCGACCUGCCCCCCCCCCACAGGGUUGCUUUUUGUGACCAACAUUGAUAGCUCAGACCCUGACCAGCUGGUGUAUAAAACUUUGGACCCUGCUGACCGGCUCACAGGACCAGCCGGAGACUUGACCUUGAAUAGCUAUUUAGGUUUCUCCAUCGACUCUGGGAAGGGUCUCUUGCGUGCAGAAGAGCUGAGUUUUGUGGCUGGGGCCCCCCGUGCCAACCACACGGGGGCCGUGGUCAUUCUGCGCAAGGAUAGCGCCAGCCGCCUGAUACCCGAGGUUGUGUUGUCUGGGGAGCGCUUGACCUCCGGCUUUGGCUACUCGCUGGCUGUGGCUGAUCUCAACAAUGACGGCUGGCCAGACCUGAUUGUGGGUGCCCCUUACUUCUUUGAGCGCCAAGAAGAGCUGGGAGGUGCUGUGUAUGUGUACACGAACCAGGGUGGCCACUGGGCAGAUGUCCCUCCUCUCCGGAUCUGUGGCUCCCCCGACUCCAUGUUUGGAAUCAGCUUGGCUGUCUUGGGCGACCUCAACCAAGAUGGCUUCCCAGAUAUUGCCGUGGGAGCUCCCUUUGAUGGAGAUGGGAAAGUCUUUAUCUACCACGGAAGCAGCCUGGGAGUGGUUGUCAAGCCUUCACAGGUGCUGGAGGGUGAGGCCGUGAGCAUCAAGAGCUUUGGUUACUCCCUGUCCGGUGGCCUGGAUGUGGACGGAAACGACUACCCAGACCUGCUCGUGGGCUCCCUGGCUGAUACUGCUGCGCUCUUCAGGGCCAGACCUGUUCUUCACGUCUCCCAAGAGAUCUUCAUCGAUCCGAGAGCCAUCGACCUAGAGCAGCCCAACUGCGCUGGCGGACGCUCGGUCUGCGUGGACGUAAGGAUCUGUUUCAGCUACACUGCUGAGCCCAGAAGCUACAACCCUGCAGUGGCCCUGGAGUACAUGUUAGAUGGGGACACAGACCGGAGGCUCCGGGGCCAGGUCCCACGGGUGACCUUCCUGAGCCGAGGCCCGGAUGACCUCAAGCAUCAGUCCUCGGGCACUGUGUUGUUGAAGCACCAGAGUGACCGGGUCUGUGGAGACACCACGUUCCAGCUGCAAGAAAAUGUCAAAGACAAGCUUCGGGCCAUUGUGGUGACCCUGCUGUACAGUCUCCAAACCCCUCGCUUACGGCGACAAGCUCCCGGCCAGGGGCUGCCCCCUGUGGCUCCCAUCCUCAAUGCUCACCAGCCCAGCACCCAGAGGACAGAGAUCCACUUCCUGAAGCAAGGCUGUGGCGAAGAUAAGAUCUGUCAGAGCAACCUGCAGCUGGUGCAGGCCCGAUUCUGUUCCCGGACCAGCGACACCGAGUUCCAGCCUCUGCCCAUGGACGUGGAUGGAACAAGGGCCCUGUUUGCACUGAGUGGGCAGCCGUUCAUAGGCCUAGAGCUGACGGUCACCAACCUGCCCUCGGAUCCGGCCCAGCCUCAGGCAGAUGGCGAUGAUGCCCAUGAAGCCCAGCUCCUGGUCACCCUACCAGCCUCAUUACACUACUCAGGUGUCCGGGCCCUGGACACUGUGGAGAAGCCGAUCUGCCUGUCCAAUGAGAAUGCCUCUCAUGUCGAGUGUGAGCUGGGGAACCCUAUGAAGAGAGGUGCCCAGGUCACUUUCUACCUCAUCCUCAGCACCUCUGGAAUCACGAUUGAGACCACAGAGCUGGAGGUGGAGCUGCUGUUGGCCACGAUCAGUGAGCAGGAGCUGCACCCGGUCUCUGUUCGAGCUCACGUCUUCAUUGAGUUGCCGCUGUCCAUUUCAGGGGUGGCCACUCCCCAGCAACUCUUCUUCUCCGGUGAGGUGAAGGGUGAGAGUGCCAUGCGAUCAGAGAGGGAUGUGGGCAGCAAGGUCAAGUACGAGGUCACGGUCUCCAAUCAAGGUCAGUCGCUCAACACUCUGGGCUCUGCCUUCCUCAACAUCAUGUGGCCCCACGAGAUCGCCAAUGGGAAGUGGCUGCUGUACCCCAUGCGGGUGGAGCUGGAGGGCGGACAGGGCCCCGGGAAGAAAGGGAUCUGCUCUCCAAGACCCAACAUCCUCCGCCUGGACGUGGACAGCAGGGAUAGGAAGCGGCGAGAGCUGGAGCAGCCGGAGCCGCAGGAGACUCCAGAGAAGCUGGAGCCCAGCACGUCCUGGUGGCCAGUGUCCUCUGCUGAGAGAAAGAGAAACAUCACCCUGGACUGCGCCCAGGGCACGGCUAAUUGUGUGGUGUUCAGCUGCCCGCUCUACAGCUUUGACCGUGCCGCAGUGCUGCAUGUCUGGGGUCGCCUCUGGAACAGCACCUUUCUGGAGGAGUACAUGGCCGUGAAGUCCCUGGAAGUGAUCGUCCGCGCCAACAUCACAGUGAAGUCCUCUAUCAAGAACUUGUUGCUCAGAGACGCAUCCACAAUGAUCCCAGUGAUGGUGUACUUGGACCCUGUGGCCGUGAUUGCAGAAGGAAUCCCCUGGUGGGUCAUCCUCCUGGCAGUGCUGGCUGGGCUGCUGGUGCUGGCCCUGCUGGUGCUGCUGUUGUGGAAGCUGGGAUUCUUCAAGCGCGCAAAGCACCCCGAGGCCACUGUGCCCCAGUACCAUGCAGUGAAGAUCCUCCGGGAAGACCGACAGCAGUUCAAGGAGGAGAAGACGGGCACCAUCCAGAGGAGUAACUGGGGCAACUCCCAGUGGGAGGGCUCUGAUGCGCACCCCAUCCUGGAUGCCGAUUGGCACCCUGAUCUGGGUCCCGAUGGAACCCCCGUGCCCGUCACUGCCUAGCUUCCCUUGUUCCAGGCCUGGCCUGCGGGUCCCUUUCACCCUUCCCCAAGAUGGCUCCUGGGGAUGGGGAUAGUGGAGUAGGUUGUUGGCGUCCCGUUGAGAUACUAAGGCAGGCUCUACUUCCCCAGGGGCACAGACCUCUCCCACCAUGAGAACCACCCCUCCAACUUCCCCUUAGAAUGCUGUGAGACGAGGGGGCGUAUCAGGGAUGGGCUGCGGGGCACGGCUGGAAGGUGCAGGGUGGGCAGUAGGGGUCCUGGUCUCCCUCUCUCACCCGCCCUGGAUAGCACGUCUCCCCAAAGUGCCUUAGACAGAGGGUCAGGGAGGAGAUCGCGUCACUGUCUCAGGGGCUCUUCCCUCCACAGCCUGCCCUGUCCUCCGACCUUAGCGUGCUCUACCAGCCUAGCGGUUUUUGUCUAUUUAUUAAAAAAGUAUUUGACAAUAAAAA